AUGUACGCCGCUCGCCCCCUCCCCCUCCCACUUCAAGAACACACAACUGUGUUCCUCCCACCCAGAACCAUCGCUGUCCUCGGCGGUAUCAUUCCGACAAACGAUACCAGCAUCACCAAAACGUCCCUUCGCGCAGUGCCUGAUGCGUUCGUGUACUCAUCUUGCACUGGAACUUGGGAAAAGAUAUCUGGUUUUCCUGCAGGAGAAGAAAGAGGGAGUGCGGCGGUCGGUAUCUACGGCUGGAAGAUCAUUUUGGCGGGUGGGAUGACGGAUCUCGAGCUUUCGGGGAACAGGAGUCAGAACAUUGUGGCGGUGGUCAGCAUGUUUGAUAUGACGAGUAGGAGGUGGAAGGAUGUUUCGGACAUAUCCAAGUAUUUGCCCGAGGCGAGGGAUCGUGCGGGUGCUGCGGUUGUGGAGGACAAGAUGUAUGUCCUUGACGGUCGCGAGAGGGGACAGGAGAAUGUACAGGGCACUGUAUUCGUCCUAGAUCUGUGCGAUUUUGAGGCAGGAUGGAAGGUUAGUGAAGUGAGGAUGCCGACCCCGAGGGAUGGCGUUGCGGCGGGUAUUGUGGGUCAGAAGGUACACAUUUUCGGGGGUGAGGGUAACACCGAGGCAGAGAGUGGAAUCUUUCACCAAAUCGAGGUAUAUGAUACAAGAAAGGAUAGAUGGGAGAAUGUGGGAACUAUGAGGACUCCAAGACAUGGGACUUAUGCUAUGGGCGUGGGAAAGAGAGUAUAUGUGCCUGGCGGGGGAGUGCGGCAAAGUGGGGCGCCAAUUUCGGACUUCGAUGUCUUUGAGCUUUGA